AUGUCCCGACGUGGUGGUGAUCUUGACGCUAAAGUGUACAUUGGUGGUCUACCACAUGAUGCCACAUCACAAGAGAUAGAGGAUACCUUCCAUCGCUUUGGUCGUAUUCGUAAAGUGUGGGUGGCCCGUCGCCCUCCUGGCUUUGCAUUUGUUGAAUUUGAGGACGCUAGAGACGCUGAGGAUGCAGUGAAGUCACUGGAUGGAGCCCGAAUCUGUGGCGUACGCGCUCGUGUUGAACUAUCUCAUGGUAAACGUCGUAAUGGUGCUGCAGGAGGUGGUGGCGGCGGCCGUGGUUAUGGUGGUGGUUAUGGUGGCGGCCGCGAUGGUGGUUAUGGUGGUCGCAGAUCAAGCGUAUCUGACCUACCGGUCUACCGCCAUCUACCAUCAGUCUUCCCUUCUCUCUCUUUCUUCGUAACAUAA